AUGCUGCAACAAGAAAUCGCCGGAUUAGAUUUUGAUAGAUACCUUAGUGUUUCAUCAAACCCUGUUCAUCAUCCAGAACCACACCAUCCCGAUUAUUUCCACAACCAUCAUCAUCAACAGCAACAACAACAGCACCAGCAGCGCGUAAUGUAUUCUAAUCAGCAGCCUAUCAUUCAACGAUCUAUUGAACCAACUGAAUCUUCACGCUCGAUUCCUACGCCCAUCGAAUACCUGCCGUCACAAGUGCAGCACAAUUCGAAGUCGCCCAUUGAGGUCAUCGAUUGGUGUUUCAAAGAACAACCACAAAAUAUACACGCAGUUCUGGCUACAAGCACAUCACAUCAACCCUCAAUUCAAAAGCUUCACUCACCAAACCAUUACGCCUAUCCCAUCAAUCAACAAAGCGCCAGUGCCUUUCCUUCUGGGCAACAAGAUGGUAAACCUUCGAUAGCAGCUCAACACUUACCGUCAUCCUCUAUGCUAAACUUAGGGCAGCAGAACAUUGCUUUUACUCCAAGGAACAGUAUAGUCAACGAUAACAGUAUUAGCCUGUCAGGCAUUGAAAACGGAACCGGUGAAGGUAUGAGCCAAACACCUGGGCUUAUGCACGCUAAUAGCUUGCCGACUCCUGUCUCGGAUAUGCUGCCUGGCACUCCUCAUUCGCAGUCUUCUUUCCAUUCAAACGAAUCAUGUCGAUCGCCUUUUAACAACGAUAACACUUACAAGUCCCCAAGCAUGAAUCCGCCUACAACACUUAAAAACGCGUUUACAGCGAUUGAUCAAUGGAAAAAAAUCAAGCAAGACAAUUUAAUUGCAGACAAUGAAAUAGCACCAUGGAAAAAUGCAGUAGAAGAUCGUCGAGAAUCUGGUGCAACCAAUGCAACUGAUAUGGUAGCAGCUACAAUAGCAGCUGUCAAGGCCCGUUUUUCCCCCGGUGCAGCACCUGUGAAUCCAAACCGACAGUUUCAAAAAGUAGCGCAUAAUGCAAUUGAGCGGCGAUACCGUAACAAUAUAAAUGACCGCAUUCGUGAUUUAAAAAACGUUGUUCCCGCAUUAUAUAAAGCAAAUGUUAAAGAAAAGAAAAGCAACAGCGCAGGAAGUAAUGGCGAAGAAGACGAUAACUCUUCCGACGAUGAAGAUAGAGAUGAUAUUGGCGAGAUCAUUGAUGGAGUGGAAGUUGCUCGAAAAUUAAACAAAGCAACCAUUCUGCUAAAGGCGGUGGAAUAUAUUCAGCAUCUCAAACAUACGAACGAAUUGGCUGAACGUGAAAACCAUGUCCUUCAACAGCUUCUGUCUCAAAUGCCCGGCGGUAACGAAGUACUUGCUCGCUUCCAGGUUCAAAAGAACGAGUUUCAGCAGGCUGAAUAUCAAAGAUUAAUUGCUGAACGGAGGAGUGUUUUAGAGCAAGAGAAGAUAGAACGGCAACGAAUGCUUCGUGAGCGCGCUGCUCAACGUGCAGCGUUAGCAGAAUUGAUUCCGAAACCUGAACGUAAGCCCUAUCGUCGCAGAGCAAAAAAGCAGCAAGAAAAACAACAAAAACCCAAAAACCAUGCACCUUCCAAAAGACAUGCGUUUAAUUCCAGUCUCAAUAAUGAGGAAAAGACAUUUGCAACCCAUAAUUCUCCUUCUAAAUAUACCGUUAUGUCCACAACAGAUAACCCUACCAAGCCAAACGAGCCCAAUGUAAAUAACGAAGGCGCAACACCAUUCAGAAACUACAUUAUAUCUACAUCAAAUCAGUCGCAAUUAAUCCAUUAA